AUGUCUUUAACACAAUUUCGAAACUCAACACCUCAAUCUCUACGCAAUUUGCCUGAAAAUGUAUCAAACAGAGCAUAUGUUGUCGCAUUCGCUGUAAAAGAAGCUUUUGCAAUCUCAAAAUUAGGAAAUCGUAAUAGCAGUGGUAGUGGUAGUAAUCACGAUUGGAACAUAGCUUGCCAAACUAUUUUAGAUAACCGAUUACUUACCACAUCCGAAAAGACCACAAUUCUCUCCUUGUUGAGGUGA